AAAGCUAUAUCAAAAAAUUAGAAUUGCAAAUGCCCGUUAAAUGUCCUUAACUUUAACAGUUCGUAUAAAUUUAUUGUUCUAUUUUUAAGAAUCAUUUCCUUACCAUAAACCACUUCAGAUAGUAUUUACAAAUUAUGUGAAUCUAUUUAGGAACUAAAUAUAAACAAAUGAAAUCUAAUUCAUAGCUUUACCGGCUAAAGCUCUCCUGCAUUUCCCUUAUACAAAUAAAAAGAGUAAAUGUGACAUAAAUUAAGCAAAAAAUCUAAUUUUCACUCUACUAGUAAUUCAAUAAUUAUGAGUAAGGUCUUAAUUAGGCUAUUGUUGUAGCCGUUUUUCAUUCUCAUUCAGUGUUCAUGUUUUUUCGAGGGUAGAUUUGAUCGCUGCCGAUAAGGCUUAAAGAAACUUUUCCUCAUAUUUCUUGUCAAAAUGUGUGAAUGUCGUGGAACAUUAUAUCUGAACUUUAAAAGGUUGAAAUACUUUUGAAAAACUAUGCUUGGAAUUUCAAAAAAAAAUUAUGAAAAUUUUUCAAGUGCAAAAUUUAUUGAUUAAAAUAUUUUUGUGGAUUUUCCAGGAGUUUUCAUCAAAUAUCAACAGAAUCAACAUCUUCUUCCGACAAUAAUAACAAUAAGAAGCCCGUAACGGUAACGAUUAGUAAAUCAAGCAGCACGAAACCUUCCAAUGCAAAAAAACCACCUCGUGUUCCAUUUCUGUCCAAGAGAAACAAGACAAUGAGCUCGAUAGCUAUAAAUUCAGCAUCGACUUCAUCAUCAUCAAAAUUAAAUCAUACAGUUUCACAUGUGGUUCUCAAAAAUACGAAACCACCUGCGCGAAAAACAAAAGAUUGUAAAAAGGAUGUUCCACUGAUGGUCAAGAGUAAAAGUGACUUGAUGAGCUUAAAUAGCUAUCCAGAAGCCUUUACUAUUAUCACUUCCCCUCGACGCUCUCCAUCUGCUGGAUAUUGUGAAAGUAAAAGAAGAAAAAUUGGUGGACGGAGCAAUAAUGAUGAUGACGAUGAUGAAAUGAUGGAAUAUGAAUGGGUUAAACCACCGGCAGCGAAAUUGUACGAAGCAGCUCAAGCAGCUGACUCUGUAGAUAAUAUUGAAGAUCCACCUUUUGUUGUUGAUAUUUUUGGACAGCACGUAUCGAGGCCAACUACACCAAUAUUGACUGAUAAAGUUAUGGUUGGAUCUAGUCAUCGUGUUUCAGCCGGUACAUUUAAUACCCACAAAAAGCUAGCUUUUGCAAUCGUUAAUGACUAUAAAAAUCGACGGACAAGAUUGCUUCAGCAUCGACAUAGUGAGGAUAAUAUGAAUUUGGAUGGACGAUUUUCGCCUUACACUCGAUACUGCCUGCAAAGAGAGCUUUCAGCUCCAGCAUUGAAUCGUCUUGAAAGCUUUGAAAGCGAAGAUAAUGGAGAAUUUUACUAUUAUUUUGAAGAUGAUGGUGAUGAGGAAAGUGGGAGAAAGACAUCGAUUGGAUUUGUACAUAAAAAGAACCGACUUUCAUCCUCAAUGUCGAAUUUAGCAAAGAGAAGACCACAAAGUGAGCUACAAAUGAACAUGAAAACUGGUCCGAAAUUUGUGUCAACGCCGAACUUUUUGAAAAUAAACAAACGAGCAGUCAUUCAAAGUCAGCCAAUGGAGAAAAUUAAUCCUAGAUUUAUCCUUCAUCGGAGUCUUAAAGGAGUUCUUAAGGUUUUUAACAACACAAACAUUCAGAAAAAGACAUUCAGCCUUGACAAUAUGGACAUUUUCCUUCCGAAUGGAAAAGUUGAUCCGAAUCUCUUAACGACAAUGCCAAUUAACAAUGAAGAAAAGAUAUCAGAAAAGCUCAGCAAACAGCAAUUAAAGUUACAGAAAAAGAAGGAAAAAGUGCUGCGGAGACGUCGAUUAUCGCCAAUUGCUGGAACUCCAAACAAAGAAACAGAAUUUCAGAGGAAAAGAAGGGAAGAAAAAGAACUCAAAACCCCCAAAAAGAAGAAGCUUGACACACCAAUGGCAAAGCUAGAAGAGAGACUGAAGAAAGAUAAAUUUGGUAGGCUAAUAACUCCAAAAAAGGCCGCACUUCCAGACUUUAGGAAGUCUGCAAAGUCAGCUGGGAAGAAAAAGAAAGGUGACGUGACAUUUGAUGAGGAAGAAUCAAGAGCCAAAGAAGAUGACGAAAGAGACCAAAAAGCAAUAAACUUCAUGCAGCAAUUGCAAGCCAAAAAUAUUCUUGGGAGAACUUUAAAGGCAAGAAUGGAUGCUAAAAAGCCAGCACCACUAACGAGACAGCCAUCAAAACAGUCAAUAGAAUCAAUAAUGCAAGAUAAACCAGCUCCAUUAAAGAAGAAAUCAAGUUACACAUCUCUAAAGUCACUAACAUCAUCAAUAAGAACAAUUGGAUCUGUGAAAACAAACAGAUCUUCAGCCUCACAAGACGACGAAGAAGCAGAAGCCGGCGAUGAAAUCACCAAACUUAAAAACCUUAAGGAAGCCAAAAAAGAUACAAAAAGCAAAAUUAAAGGUGGCAUUAAAAUUUUAUCUUUAGGACGCGCUUCAUCCGGAUCAUCAUCAAAAUCUCAAAAGGAAUCAGCACCACCGCCAAGUCGGACAGCUUCAAAGACUUCAAUUCUCAGCCACUCAUCAGUGUCAAAAGCUCCAAUGGAUGUUGAUGGAAAGGCUGACACGCCAUCGAGAAAAAGUGAUGUCAUACGAGCUCCAUCAGCAACAUCAGUCAUGUCAAUGACGACUGCAGCGAUCACUGCCAAUCCAUUAAAUACUACGUUAACAAUUACUAAUCAAUUAGCUACUCAAGGUGCUGAAUUUUUAGAGAAAAAACAUCAUGCUGGAGGUGAUGACGUAAGUAUGGCACCAAGUGUUGUAAAUCCAGCAGUUGCAUCGCAUCCAGACGUCGAUAAAAUAUCAAUGGCAUCACAACAGACAAUAUCGUCACAAAAAACCUCAAUGUCAAAGGCUGGAUCUCGUAAGACUUCUGCUAAGGUAAAAAAAAGUGGAAGCUCAGAUUCAGAAUCAAGGAAAGGCUCUGCAGGUCAGAAAUCAAAGUCAGGAUCAUUUCUUGGAGCAAUUGUGCAUGCUCAUCAUGCUGUUAGAAAAUUGGCAAGAAAGCAUUCUCCGGAAUCAAUCAAAAGUGAAAAGAGUGAUGCGACGCAAAUCACGAUUGGUCCAGGUGCUGGAGUAGACAAUAAAGACAUUGGUCCCAUAGCUGGUAAGAUUUUGGAACAUUCACAGCGUUCGCUUGAAAAUGUACAGAAAACCGUAGAUAAAGCAACACAUGAAAUACACCAAUCAAUAAAUGAAAAGCUUUCGGAUCUUAAGACACUUGAGAAGAAGCUAAGUAAGAGCAAUUUGCUUGAACACGAUGCAAAUAAUAAUGAUGUUGAGAAAAAAUCCACGAAAGGUCUUUCGAGACAUAGCACAAAGAUUGACAUGAAAACAGAUACAAGCACUUCUCUCACAACUGGCACAACAACAGCAACAGAUAAAAGCAAUAAUAAUAAUAAUAAUAGUUUAAAGCAAAGCACAAUGUUGGAUAAGGAUAGAAUCAGUGUUAAUGCCAUUUCAGUUGCCCCUGACGGUGAUGAUGAUAAUAAUGAUGAUUCAAGAAGUAUGGCGCGACCUGACCUUCAACAUCAAGACUCUGAUGCAUCUAAUCAAAUGAAUUCUAGUACAAGGUAA